GGUCACGCGCUGAGCCGCUAUUUAAACUCACCCGGGCUUUCUCUCGAUCUCGUGCCAGAUCUUGGGGGCGCAAUGGACCUUUCCUUGUGUGGAAAUCUCAGGCAGCACUAGUAGUAGAAGUCGUGAAUUUUCGUUCAGUUGCACGCAACAACAAAAUCUUCUUUAAGUCUUAUUCAGAUCAAAAAUAAGGCAAUAGGAGUUUUUUUAUUAUCAUUAUUGUUUCAUAUUUUUAUGUUCUCGCAAUGUAUGGGAUACGCGCUGUUCUAGUGCUGUGCUUGUGCGCGCUCUCCGUGCGCGCGCAGUUCCCGCGCGACUGCACGAGCGCCGAGGCCCUGCGCAGCGCGCGCUGCUGCCCGUCGCCGUUCGGCCGCGACGACCCGUGCGGCGCGAGCCUCGGCCGCGGCCAGUGCGCGCCGGUGCGGGCGGACACGCGCGCGCACGGCCCGCAGUACCCGCACGUGGGCCAGGACGACCGCGAGCGCUGGCCGCUGCGCUUCUUCGCCAGCGCGUGCCGCUGCACUGGGAACUUUUACGGCUUCAACUGCGGCCAGUGCAGGCAUGGAUUCACCGGGGCCAACUGCGACACCCCCGUGCCAGUCGUAAGAAGAAAUGUUCUAUCUCUAAGCGCGAGUGACAGACGGUCCUUCGUGAAUGCUCUGGACCAGGCCAAGAAGACCGUACACCCAGACCUGGUCAUCGCCACACGCCGAUAUAAUGAGCUGUUCAGCCCUGAUGGUAACACCACUCUGUUUGAAAACAUCACCAUCUACAACUACUUCGUGUGGUCGCACUACUACUCCGUGAGUAAGACAUAUCUCGGUGGUGGACAGCCCAGCUUUGGGGGUGUGGACUUCUCUCAUGAGGGACCUGGGUUUGUCACAUGGCACCGAUACCACCUCCUGCAGCUUGAGCGGGACAUUCAGAACAUGUUGCAAGACCCAAGAUUUGCUCUGCCAUACUGGAACUUUGCCAUUGGAGGAAACCAGUGUGACAUCUGCACUGAUGAUCUAAUGGGCGCCAGAAACAGCUUUGAUGAAAACGGUAUCAGCUCCAAUUCCAUCUUCUCCCAGUGGCGUGUCGUGUGUGAGGGCCUGGAAGACUAUGACACGCUGGGCACCAUCUGCAACAGUACUGAGACCAGCCCUAUCAGAAGGAACCCAGCUGGGAAUGUAGCAAGGCCUAUGGUGCAGAAGCUUCCAGAGCCUCAGGACAUUGAAGCUUGCUUGCAGCUAACCACAUUCGACACCCCUCCAUUUUACUCCACUUCAUCUGAGAGCUUUAGAAACACCAUCGAGGGCUACAGCGCACCUGAAGGUACCUAUGAUCCUGUGGUACGAAGCCUGCACAAUUUGGCUCACCUGUUCCUGAAUGGUACUGGCGGACAAACACACCUUUCCCCUAACGAUCCCAUCUUUGUCCUGCUUCACACCUUUACUGACGCCAUCUUUGAUGAGUGGCUUCGGAGACACCCGGAAUCUGCCAACUACCCAAUGGAAAAUGCUCCCAUCGGCCAUAACAGAGAUUACAACAUGGUGCCCUUCUGGCCUCCAAUCACCAACGCGGAAAUGUUUGCGACCGCUCCAGAGAACCUGGGUUACUCCUAUGAAGCCACCUGGCCUGGUACCUCACAUCACGCCUUCUCAAUUUCCUCUCCAGCCCGCCCAAUCACUCUGACUGAGAUCAUCACAAUCGGCGUGAUAGCGGCACUUAUCGUCGUGGCGAUCGUCUUCGCAGUCACGACAUGCGCCGUGCGCUCACGUGCCAAUAACUCUGAGAGCCGGCAGCAUCUGCUGGGGGAACAGUACCAACGCUAUGACGAUCAUGAAACCCACAGCAACAAGACCCAGUCUGUGGUUUAAGAAUGCGAGAGCUACAACUGUGGCCUCUUUGCUAUAGUUCCAGUCAAAGCUAGGUGAAGAUGCCCUGUAAUGGGAUUUUGUAUGUAUUUUGAAGUGCCUUUAUGAUUCAUAUUUAGCCAAAAGUCUGCGUGGACGAUAAAACUUAUUGACGGUGCUACAUUACUUCAGCAAUAAAUCACUGUAAAUGCAGUUAUUAUUUAACCGUUGUUGUUUUAAUGAAUAUGGAGGACCCAGUUCUUGAGUUUAAUACAAUAAAAAACUAUUUGAACAACACGAAA